CCUUCGCGAGCAGAACGGAAAUAUACAAAACCCUUAAAAAAAUACGUUCUACUGAUAGAGCGGGAUCCAUCGGUUUAAUUUCAGUAGGGCACGGGACGAAGACGCCAUUCGUGGUCCUAGGGUUUGGUUUCAGAAGAUGAGUUCUCCUCAUGGCUUCAAGCCGACCCCAAAUACUCCGUCAGCAAAGGAUUCUCCAACAUCGAUCUUUUUUAACAACUUGUCUCCAAUAAAAGUGACUAGCAGCAGAUUAAGUAGCCAAGCUUUUGAUAACGUUGAUGUUCCAUCCCCUCCACCGGUCUUCGCAACACCACAAAAUCGCCUGAUAAAUUCAAAAAUGUGGAAAAGGUCAGAGAACCUGGCUUUCCCUGGUUCUCAGAAGAUCUGCCCAGGUGAUGCAGAUCUGGUUGGCACAUCUUUGGAGUAUCCUGAUGCGACCAUUCAAUUUAUUCCAGUGGCAGCUGCCCAAUUAAGUAAUAGUAGUGACAAGCAGUACAACAAUGAUCAUCAUCCUCAGGAUGAGGUUUGUAGGGGUCUUUCAAAUGGUGUGGAUGAUUUUUUUUCCAUUCCCAGUGAAGAUUGUGAAAAUACCUCUUGUUCACCGGGUUUUUUCUUGGGAGAAGCUGAUGAUUUGGUUCGGGAUAAGGAAAUCACUCCCUUUAGCAGCAAUGGGGAUCAGAUGGCAUUCUUCAAUGCGGAUUCUGCACAAUUUCCUGCAGUUAAAUCUGCCGCCACUGUCACCAAUUCUGUGGCCGAAUACACCAAGCAUUUAAAUCUUGUUAGCACGCCUAACUUGCAACCAAAUAAGGAUGCUCUUCCUCAAGAAUUUCCAAAAAAUUCUAUUGCCUAUGAAGGGUCUAACAAGGAGUUUCUUAUAUCAAAUGCUGGCGAUAGUUCCAACUUAAAUAUUGUAGAUCAAAGUUCGUCAUGUCAACCUGAAAAAGAUAUUUCCAAGAAGAAGCCAAGUAAUCGAACUGUGCCCGCUGCUUUUGAAGAGAUUGAAAAGAAGGGAGGGCUACUUGGCAAGAAGAUCGAAGCUAACUUAAAGUCUUUUGUAGAUUUAAUUUCUAGCACACAAAAUGAACCUAUUACACCUGAUAGUAAUGGAUCAAAUCAUUCCGGUGUUCCAAAUAAUAUGAAUUUCAAGAGUAUCUGUCAUGUGAAUGAACACCCUAGCACUUCCAGUUCUUGUUUGCUCAAAAUGCAGGACGUCAAUUUGUUUUCUUCCAGGACAGAUCAUUUAGGUAAAUUGGGUUGUAUUUAUGAGGAAAAAUGUGAAAUACCAAGGAACAUUCAGUCCCAUGCUAAUCAUCUUGUUAUCGCAAGCCAGAUGAGAGAUGCAUCUGGCAUGAGCCAGAUUCCCUAUUAUCAGGAGGAUCUGACCCAUCAUAGUCGAGGCAUGUAUAAGCGUCUUCAGUUUGAGGAUGUUGAAAAGCACGAACAGAGUAUUGCAGAUAGUGAGAACUAUAUGAAGUUAAAAAGUCCUCGUUUCAUGUCAGAGAGAACAACGAUGGCUUCUAACAUGGAAAGUCAGUAUCCUUCUACUACAAAUAGUUCGUGCAGAAUUCAGACUACUCAGUCGCUAUCAGGAAAUAUUUCGUGCAACUAUUUGGUUAAGACUAAUAGUUCUGAGCAAAGUAAGGGAAGAUUCACUGCAGUGGCUCAUAGAUCGUCUGGUAUUGGCUUGCACUUAAAUGCCAUAGGCAUGCCUGGGAAGAUAAGUGGCCAUAUAGAUAUGAAGAUGGCAAUGGAGAGUUUAGGGGUAGAAGGGAAAACCUGUUUUCACAAUACUUGCGAAGCACCUUCACAAAUUUUGAAGAAUAUGAUUGUCUCAAGGAAUGGAACUGGAGAAGUUUCAUUACAGUUAAUUUCUAAUUCUGAGGAUUCCUCAUUUGGUUCAAAGGAUGAAUGCAAUAAUGAUAGACUUCAAAAAUCGUCAGAUUCUGCUCCAGAUUAUCAUUCGGCACUUGAUGUUGAACCUUUGGAUAUGCGCAUGCAACCGGAAUUUAGUGAUCACCACAUAACUCCAUGCAGUAGAAAAAGACAGCACUAUGUAGAAGCUAGCCAAUCAGAGGAUUCAGCACAAACAACCCUUGGAAGAAAAAGGAAGAAAGAUCCGGAGAUUGAGGGACAAAAACGAUGCAAUUGCAAGAGGUCCAAAUGCCUGAAACUCUAUUGUGAUUGCUUUGCUGCUGGAAUGUUUUGCAAUAAAACUUGUUCAUGUCAAGGGUGUUCUAAUAAUUCUGAAAAUGAAGAAAUGGUCAGUUCAACAAGGCAGCUGAUAGAAACUCGCAAUCCACUUGCAUUUGCUCCUAAGGUUGUGCAUGCACAUGGUGAUCUUAAAGAGAAUGCAGAUAAUAAGCAUAUAACGCCACCUUCAGCAAGGCAUAAAAGAGGAUGCAAUUGCAAGAAGUCUAAGUGCUUGAAGAAAUACUGUGAAUGCUAUCAGGCUGGCGUUGGGUGUUCCUUGGGAUGCCGGUGUGAAGGAUGCAGGAAUGCUUAUGGGACGAAAGAAGCAUAUGGUGAUAUCUCUGAGAUAGUUGUAGAACAUCAAAAACCCAAGGAGGAUAGCAUUAAUGGUCUGCCAUCUGUUGAAGCACUGAAGGUUGUGGAGGGUAACAGCAAAGAAGCAUCUAAUACGAAGCAAUUCACCACUCACUUCACCUCCCCAGCUCCAUUGGUGCAAGACACAAACAUAAACAGUGUUGCUAGAUUACAGCUUCCUGCAAGCUACCAUCCAUCAUCCAAGUCUAGUUUUGCCACAUUGUCGUCUUUCGAGUCACCAACUUCUACAAUGACUGACACAAGAAGUAGUGCACAUGAAGAAAAGAAUGAGCAAACUUUAUCUCUUAUACCAUACAACCAGAAGUUUGAUUCUAGUUCUGGUUUGAAUGUUGAUUCACUUUCACCUGGAUGGAAUAUAAGCCCUUCAUCAGUUCCCUCACAAAGCCUUUGUGGGUCUACUACUUUGAGAACCAAACAAGCUAAAGCUUUAGGCGAAGGAAAAUUCAUAAUUAAGCCUGCUACUGAUGAACCCAAUUACAAUCUUGCAGAGGAAACUCCUGAUAUCUUAAAAGAUACCCAUUCUCCUAUUAACACAGUAAAGACUAGCUCGCCGAACCAGAAGCGCGUAUCUCCACCAAAAACAGUGUUGCAUGAGGCAGGAUCAAGUUUCUCACCUGGCUUGAGGAGUGGCCGCAAAUAUGUCCUGCAAUCUAUUCCACAAUUUCCAUCUCUCACUCCUUACAGAAAUAACAUGGAAAAUAAGGACAAUUGAAAGCCCUUCAGAAGUGAAAACCUUCCAAUGAGCUUAUGUAGCUCAUCUCGCCUGUGCUAUAUAUCUAGUCGGGCAAAGUAUUGUUGGUUUGGAGGUAUCUCACUGCAAAAGCUAGCUCAAUUAGUACCAGCUAAUGAAGCUUUUAGCUGGGAUUCUGGCUUCAUUCAGGAUGGUUGCUUGCUUAUUUGCUUGUCUAUAUGGUUUCUAACUUUAAUCUUCACUGAUUUUUUUCUUCCAAAUGGUGUAUGAGAGGCACUAUUGCAUCACGGCUUUUUAAAGAAUCUUCAGGGAAAGACUUUUACAGUUGAGUGUAAAUAAAAACUUAUAAGCAGCUCAUUUAUUUGUA